GGCACAGCGAUCGGGAAAUGUCCCAAAGAUCGACUCUUCCAAGAAUACAUCGGUCUCGAGUUACAGCUUCGAGAAUUUGAUCGCUGUCGUAAGUUGUACGAGAAAUUCCUGGAGUUUAAUCCUGCAAAUUGUACCACAUGGGUCAAGUACGCCGAACUGGAAACCAUUCUUGGUGAUACUGACAGGGCACGUGCGCUGUUUGAAUUGGCUGUUAACCAACCUUUGCUUGAUAUGCCCGAGCUUGUCUUCGUUAAAAUCAAACUUUCACUGUGCAAGAAGCAAAUCAUAGACAAAUUUAGUUUUUCAGUGGCUGAAGUUGCUAAGAUAGAGGACAGUCGGUUUAAAGACGUUUACACUGAUAUAUGCAGUUACAGCAGAGGAAGCACUACUUGCUCGAAAACGUGGUCUUCCUCAUUUGCAGCAGUCUGGCGCCUCAAGUCUUUUGUCUUUCCUAAGCUUACGUCUGAGACCUCUGAGUUUAUCUGUUCACUGCCAGACUAUCCGAAUGUUAGUGUUGUGAUUCCAUGGAAUUCUUUUCCUACCGAUAGAGACUUUUCUUUAAUUCCAAAGGUUCCUGUUCCUGUCAUCUCUGACUUUGAAGAAGGAAGUGGUAUUUCCGCCCAAAGGGUGACACAUUCAAUUGUAAAGCAUCCAAAUUCAGAAUCAUCGUCAUGCAGUUCUGUUGCAGCUCCUAGGAAGAGGAAGAGGAAACGCCACUCUGCAGAUUUGGUUAAGGCUGAUGGACCAUCAGAUGACGUGUUAGAAGAUCUGGCUCUGGAACUUGGAGGAAAAUGGGAGAAAUUAGGGAGACGCCUGGGAUUCAACCAAACUACAAUAGAAAACUUUGAUUCAGCCAAAAGGGAGCUGGAAGAUAAGGCUUUUAAAAUGUUAAUGGCUUGGAAACAAAAGGAAGGCUCAAAUGCCACAUAUAAAGUUUUGUACGAUGCCUUGUGUAACAAAAAGGUGCAAUGCAAACUUCUUGCGAUGAGAUUGAGUACUCCAUGGCCAAAGAGCGUCUGUAUGAAGGAUUCGCGCUUAGUGAGCGCGUCAUUUCCCUUGCGCUUGAAGAUGGGAAAAAUUCUCUUCAGAGAAGUACAAGAAUUUCCAAGCAGUGAGUUAAAAGGAGAGGAAGGACUUGUCGGUCCAGUUCUUUACAUUUCAGGCUUUCAAAAUGUUACUCUCGUCGCGCCUGUAACAAUAAGGAUUCCUCUCACCCUCAGUAAAGGAAAACAAGAGUUGGCAGAGUUAUGUCCUGGUGAACUGAGAAUAUUACACUCUGAGUCUCUUGCCGAACCACAUGAUUGGAAAGACAUUACGGAUCAAUUGGAUGAACCGCCACGUCUUCUAGAUGGGAAAGUGCAAUUCAAAGUUAGGCAUUUCUCCGGAUUCCGCCCAAUCAAGUUGAUCAGAUUACUUUCACAAUCUGCUUCAGACUUCAAUGAGUUUGUAAGAAAACUUUGCAAAAGGUCGAGGCCUCAGUAUGCCCGAUUUUUUACGUGCCUGUGUGAGACCAGAGUUCGUGGACAUUUUGGACUCAAACUUUUCUGCUAUCCACAAAAACUGCAACAUGAUGUAAACCAGCAAAUAUCAAAGUGUAUCGUGCCCCACAUAGGCGAAGGCACCUCUUUAGAACCAAUCUGUGGAGAGGAGGAAAUUUUGGUUUCUCUUUCUGAGGCAAUCAUACCCCAAGACUCAGAAGAGAAAAAUGCCUUGCGAUUUGUGAAUGUUUCCAUCAAUGAAGUGGUACUUAGUCAUUAUAAGGAAUGA